AUAUAUCUGCUAGACAGAGCCGAAAUAGGGGAAUUGAAGGCAAGUCCAUACUAGUUCUUCUUCUUCUUGUUGAUAAUCGAAUACUGCGCAUCACUGAGCGGGUGUCAAUGGACUCCUACACUCCAUUACUGGAGAGAACUCGAGUUCCCCAACCCUCUAUUCAAUCCUACGCCGUUAUAUCCAUUUUCGACAAGUUCCGAUCCUCUCCGCCCCACCUGAUUGACGCCGGAAGAGAAGCAAUCGCUCAAUGUCUUCUCUCCUCUUCCCCCGCCGUCGUCGAUCAGUCCGUACGCCAAUUGUGUCGUCUCGUGAUCCAGGAGAAAUUCAAAUUGUCUGAUGCUUUGAUGGAGCUCCAAUCAGCCUUAGAAGCCUCCCAAUCACGUUUUGUUGAUGUGUUUGUCAAGGCUUUAGGCUUUCUCGUUCGCUUAGGCUUCCGGAAUCAUCCUCAUUCGUUUCGCUUUUCGUCUUCCAAUGCUCAUCCUUUUGUCAAGAUACUUUGUUGCAGGCCAGAGGUUCAAUCGGAACUUGUCAAACAAGUUGUUUUGUUUAUGGUGUCCAACAAGAGUAUUGGAAUGCUUAAAGUUUGUGAUUUUUUAAGCUCCUUUUUCAACUUUAUGACCAUAAGAAUGUCCGAUUUUAAUUCCUGUUGUCGAAGUCUGGUUUCGUCUGUGGCAUCUCUUUGCUGUUCAUAUCCUCUGGACGCUCUGCCUGUUAUGAAGCUGCUAGUUAAAUGUCUCAGAUUUUGUCCUAGCAAAAAUGAAGAAGAAAAUGUUUCUUACGUUUUGGAACACAUGGUGAAUAUGUUUAUUGUGGUUUUGCGGCAGCUGGUUGAGAUAGGAUUGCUUGUUCAUGAGACCCAGCUACAAUGUGUGGAACUUCUCGAAACCAUCUUUUCACUGAAUAUAUAUCUUGACAAGGGUUCCUGUAGGAGUGAAGCUGUGAUUGAAAUGUCAAGGCGUCUAGUAACUGUCCAGAACGAUCUUAGUUUGAGUUAUAUACCUGAAUUUUCGUCUGUGGUAUUAUCAUUAUUUAUUGCUCUUGUUCAGGAAGAGUUUGAGCACAAACAACUCUCCAUACUCCGAAUGCUUUUGCUUCUCUUGAAAUGGAAAGGUGAAAAGGGUAAUCUUGUUACUGAAUGUGUGGUUGAAGAACUUCUUUUCAUAUUUCCUCUCAUGAACCUCAUGUCCUCCCCUUCAAUAUCUGUUAAACAAGCAGCAACAAAUUUGCUUUCCAUGUUGUAUAAGUCCGCAACAAACUUGUUGGUUACACAAGCCAAAGAUCAAGGCAUUAGAAGGAAAAAACCACCCAUUAGCAGACCUGAGCAUAUCUUUUACAGGCUUCUGCUGCAUAUAUGGUAUCAGGAUCAAUUUUUGUCAUAUGCUUCAUCCAACUUAGUUAUGACGAAUGGUGAAAUUAAUAUGAAAGGAACAUAUCAGUUACCAAAGAGAUGGACUGACAUGAUGGCAGAGUAUGCACUUGGGGUCAUUGAAAAACAGAAGUCUUCCGUACCCAUCUCCCAGUCUGAGAGCAUCUUGCUCAAGGAGAUGGCACCAUAUCUUAGUGCUAUAAUGAGUGUUCUUGUCCUGCAUCGUGCCAUGGGUGCUUCAGCUGUAGAUCUAUUGGCUGUUUCUGGCGACAUGAACCCUAAACUUGGUGUACCACUGCUACUAGUCAUCUUAUUCUAUAAUAACAUAAACUGUGCUAAAGAUCGAGACUUCCAUCAGAUACUGCUAAAGCUUUUGGGGAUACUUCCAUCGCUUGCUUCGCAUCCUGCAAUGGUUCCACUUGUUGUUCAGACUAUAUUGCCGAUGCUUCAGAAUGACACGAAACCUGUGCUGUAUGCUACUGCCACACGUGUACUUUGCAAGACAUGGGAGAUCAAUGAUCGUGUAUUUGGGAGUUUGCAGAGCGUAUUACUCCCGAAUCGAUUUAUCCAGUAUGCAUCUCAAAGAGAUAUAUGUAUAAGCAUGGCAAUUUCUAUACGAGAUGUUUGCAAGAGAGAUCCUGAUAGAGGCGUGGACCUUAUUCUCUCUGUAUCGGCUUGCAUUGAGAGCCGUGAUUCUUCAAUUCACACUAUUGGCCUUUUAAGUCUUGCCCAUCUUUGUGAAGCUGAUGUAAUCGAUUUCUAUACUGCUUGGGGUGUUAUAAGAAAGCAUUUGCUCAAUUACUUGGAAAAUCCUAUUAUAUGUCACGGCGUUUCUCUUCUUCUACGAUGUGGUGCAAUGGAUGCUGCUGUAUUCCCAGAAGCAGCAAAUGAUAUAUUGCAUAUAUUGUGGGAGAUUGGAACCACCCUCCAUCCUGCUAGUGAAUUAAUGUGGACAAAGGCUCGAGCAGCUGCCUUUGAAUCAUUGACUUAUUAUGAGGUAUUACAUGUUCAGAACAGCACUCCAGAAUUUAGAGAGAGAACCAUGGAGUUGCUUACUGCUGAGACCGAUACCGAAGUGCUUUGGGCUAUGGAAAAAUUUGUCAUAAAUAUUAUCAAAUUUGAGCACCAGACAAGGCAAAGAUUAGUGAAGGAGAAACGGGUACCUCGAAAUAAAAUCGAGAAGUUGGUAAAUAUAUCUCCACAGCUAAAUUUCAAGCAAGGAGAUGAUAGAAAAAUUAGAGAUUUACCUGGUGCAGCUCUUUUUUCCCUUACCUUUACUCAUGAUGUGAACAAGCCCGGGGCUGCAAAAGAUCUGCAUGCUAAAUUUAGGACUGCAUUAUUGGACAUAGCAGCAUCACUCCAUCUAUCAAGAAAUAUUUCGGUUGCGGUUCUUUCCUUCCAGUCAUGGAAAAUUUUCAUGCAACGCUGGAUAAAGGAGCAGAUCAUGCUAAAUGACGUGAAGGGAUUAUCCACAUCAUUAAAUAAUACUAAUAAACCUGCUAAUGAUAUCUUGAAGAGUAUAAUACAGAUUGCAGAGGAGUCUAUUCCCAGAUUGGCUGAAAAUAUUGCACUAGCUGUUGGUGCAUUUUGUAUGGUUCUUCCUGCAUCGGCUCAUGCUGUCAAAUCUACUGCCUUAAAUUUCCUGCUGAAAUGGCUAUAUCAGUAUGAACAUGAAUAUCGCCAGUGGUCUGCUGCAAUAUCUAUUGGAGCAAUCUCAAGUAAUUUGCAUGCAACUGACUAUAAACAAAAGUUUCAAAAUAUCAAUGCACUUCUUGAGGUUGCAUCAAUCUGCAAAAGCACAUUGGUAAAAGGGGCUUGUGGACUUGGAUUGGGGUUAUCUUCUCAAGAUCUCAUUACCAGGGUAAAAGUUGAUGAUGAAUCUGACUCGCAUAAAGAAACAUACAUGAUGCAGGAAACAUAUCUGCUUGGACGGAUUGUGAGGGCUUUAUGCCAAAUGUUAAGCAAAAUUACUCGACUAUCAUCUGAUGCACUAGAAUUACAAAGCAUAUGUGCAUACUUUGGUCAAGCAACAGAUGCUGGUGAUUCAGAGAGCUUUCUCAUUAUCCAUGAUAACUUGGAGGAAGAUGUAUGGGGUAUUGCUGGAGUUGUUCUUGGUUUAGGAAAUACUGUUGCAGCAGUGUAUCGGACCGGAAAUCAUGACGCUGUGUGUAAAAUAAAUGGCUUGAUAAGUUCAUGGAUGCGACAUGUCAAUCCUUUAAUUAUUAACUCAACUACCAGCGAGAAAAUUGAAUUAGCAUUGUUAGUAGGAUCUUGUCUUGCUCUUCCUAAUUUAGUAGAUUUCUUCCAGAGAGUGGAUGAUCUUGAUGAUUCUGAACUGGAUAAUCUGAUAAGUAGCUUUAAGGAUCUUAUUUCUGAACUUGUCUCAGUUAACAAAUCAGGCGUACUUUAUCAAAGUUUGUUGUUUGCAUCCUGUACUGGAGUAGGAAACCUUUUGGCAUGCAUCUUGAAUGAAGGGGUGCAUUUAGUUCGAGUUGAAUAUGUUACUGACUUGCUAAUGUUGUUCAAAAAAUGCUAUACAGCCUCUUAUCCCCCUCUUGUCCAUUUGGGUGGGAUGCUUGGAAUUGUAAACAUAUUAGGUGCUGGUGCUGGUUUUCUGUUCCAACGUGAUUGUUCAACCUUUCUGCACCCUGUUCAUGAUCUCAAGAAUUCUUCUUAUAUUACGGGGUCUUUGCUUUCAAGUUCUGCUAUGGAGCCAAAUCUGGUGUCAUUAGUUCAGGACAUCUUUCUUGUUUCUCAAAAUCCUGAUGACCAACAACUACAAUCAUAUGCCGCAUGGGCCAUUUCUUUUCUUAGACAUUAUUUGUGGUACAGAAAUGUUAGAAAUGAAGAUGAUAACUCCCAGCGCGAUGCAGUUGGUUCAAAAUUUGUUUCUUCAAAUCCUCCAGACGACAGUUUAGUCAUGAAGCUCUCUUUGUGGUUAAUGAAUCACAGCUUCCCUGGGACAGGUACUGCUCAUGUUAACACAGUUUUGACUGCUUUACGAUGUCUUACUAGUGCUCCAAGAUUACCACUAUUAGAUUGGGGAGCAAUCAUCAGACGGUGUAUGAGACUCAAUUCUGUAGAUCAUGUAUUAUUACCCUCGGAUUCAGCUUCUUCAAGGAGAGUAUUUGUACGGGAGGAGUGCCUGUUAUUCUCUUUAGCCCAUGCAAAGGAAUUUGAUCCUCUUCUCAGCUUACUAGAUGAGUUGUCUGACUUGCCCAGGUUUAGGAUGCUCGAGCUAAAUAUGCAGUCUUUUCUGCUCUCUCGUCUUGCAGACAUGAGUAAGGUUUUUUCAGGUUCUAGGAUCGAAAAGCUAUUUGAUGAUGUGGCAAACUUUGUAAAACUGUUAGUUCCUUCACAUCAGCUAUAUAAUUCGGAACAGAAAAGUUUAUUAAGGAUUUCUUGCUGGAAGGGUCUUUCUUUAUGUUUAAUGGGAGCUACAGCUGACGGAGAAGAUCAUGUUUCUUAUAUGGAAAACUGCUUGAAGGUUCUGUUUUGUUCAACAUCUUCUAGUGCAGUAGUUGGUCAGGAUCAUUUAUCAGAGGAGUGGUCUGCUGCAAUUAAGUGCUUGGCACAGGCUCGGCAGCCUUGGUUACUUGACUUUUUUAAGGUCUCAGAGGUGGAUUUCAGAUCUGGAGACAUGUACUUUCUUGAAGUAAAGAAAAAAAUUCAAGCAACAUGCAUGCUAGCGCGGACCGGUUCCAUUCCAUUGUCUCAUAUUGGAAGCCUGAAAGCAUACAUGCUAAACACCAGAUCACAAGAUAUCUGGGAGGUGCUAGUAGAAGUUGCAGCCACCCUUCAAAAUGCUGAUGGAAGCAUUAAAAGACAGUGGGUUCUUGAUGCUGCUGAAAUUAGCUGUGUAACCAGACAUCCGUUGACGGCGAUGCAGUUCCUUGGCCUGCUAUGUGGCAGCUUCAGCAAGUAUAUGCCUUUUCUGAUUGUUGACCGGAUGACUGUGUUAUGUGACUUUCCAGUUGCUCUUGCUUCUCUUCUAUCAGAAACUAGCUGGGGCAAUGUAGCAGAAUCUGUAGUUUCACUUCUGUGGUCAACAACAGAACGGUUACAUGAUUGGGUUACAAACACGGAAAUAGUUCUCAGUGAUUCCCCAAUUUCCCAGUCUAUUGACCAAAGUGAGGAUUCUAUGGCUGAUUUUCUCUUGAAGUUGCUGCAUCAUACAUGCGUUUCUCUGAAAGACUAUCUGCCGAUGGAGAAGCAGCUUAGUCUUGCUAACAUGGUUAUUCCUUAACCCUUCAACUCUCAGAGGACCAAAUUUACGAAAUUUAGAUAGAAAAUAGUUUACUAAUUUCUGUAGCUAUCAUUAAAUAUGAUCAGAUGUUAUUUUGUUGUAAAACUAGAAGUAUAUAAAAGAUGUGGCAAAAAAAAAAAAGAAGUAUAUAAAAGAGAUUAGUGUGA